UGUCAUGUGCGUUUGCUGCUCACUCACUCACUCUCUCUCUCUCAUGUGUACAUUUGAUUUUUGGUUAAUGCAGUUUCAGUUUCGUGUAUUUUGUAUUGUAUAUUUUUUUAUAUCGGACGCGACGGAUGGCGAUUGUUUUCUUGUGUGUGGAAAAAAUUUUUCCGAUUGAAAAGGAAUGAAGAAAAAAGAAACCACUAAACUAGUGCAAAUUUGAAUGAUGAUGAUUGUCUAAUAAAGUUCGAAAGGAAGCUUUUGUUAAAGAAAAUCUACUCGAAAUCUUUUAAAAAAGGAAUGGAAAAUUAUUAAUGAAAAAUAAAAAAAGAAAUGUUCAGAUGCCAAAGGAAGAAAUAAGGAAAUUGUGUUUUUGUGUUCUUUGUGAGUGAUUUUUAAGGGAGUGGAAAAUUGCAUUUCUUUAAGUGAAACAAGAAGAAGAAGAAAAAAAUCCAAUCCAUUGCGAGCGAUAGUAUGAAAUCCAAAUGUUUGCCGAGUGUGUGUAUGUGAGUGUUUUUAGGCGUUUUGUAUGAAAGAAAUCCAAGCAUUGGCAGCAGCGGCAGAGACGACAACAUCGUCGGAAAAGGUGGAAAAUACAAAAAGCAAAAACAACACAAAAGUCCACAUAAAGCAAAGCAAAAGUGUGUGGGGUGUUUUUAGCUGCUCUGCCUGCCUGUCUGUCUGUCAGCCAGGCUGCCGCUUCAACAAACCAUUGAACGAAGCGUAGAAGGAGCAGCAAGGAAUUAAAUAGCCAGCCAAACCUUAAAAAAGUGAUUUAUUGAAAUCGGCGGAUAAACGAGUUUUGAACAAAAUAACAAUUUUUAGUUUUAAAUAAUAAGGCGACAAUUUUAUAUGGAAUACAAAAUUAAAACAACAACAGCAACAACAAAAUGAGUUCGAGUUGUGAAAGGAUAGAAUGGGUGGAAAUCAUCGAACCCCGGACCAAAGAGCAUAUGUAUGCCAAUUUAACCACCGGCGAAUGUGUUUGGGAUCCACCUGAAGAUGUACCAAUUAAGCGCACCGAUUCAUCACAGUGGUGGGAACUAUUCGAUACAAAUACGCAACGCUUCUAUUACUACAAUGCUGCCUCCCAGAAAACGGUCUGGCACCGGCCGAGCAAAUGUGACAUCAUACCGCUGGCCAAACUGCAAACGCUUAAACAGAACACCGAUCCCAGUGAUCGGCGAGAGAUUAGCACACAAACGCAACAACUGCAGCAAAUGCAUCAUCAGCAGCAGCAACAGCAUUCAUCGCAACAUUCAUCACCCUCCAUGCCCAAAGUCCGUUCCGCAUCUCAACGUGGCUCCAGCAGCAGUAGUCAUCAUUUAACGCCCAACAGCAAUACCAAUACCACAGGCAGUACGGGGAGCAAUCGUGAAGUUGGCGUCGGCGGAGGAGGAGGUGGUACGAAUAAACGCAGCAGUGCCGGUUUACCAUUGCAUGCCAGCUCUGAGGAGAAACUUUCCAGCGAUCUACUCUCAAGUCCACGUGGGCGUCAAAGUUUUCGCGUUGGCACGGGUGAUUCAUCACGUUCCAUGGAUAUUCAACACAUUUCGACAUCAUCAAGACGUUCACAAGACUCGUAUAACCAUUUCAAAGAAUCUGGCAAAUCGAGUGAUUCUAGUCUCUCCAGCAUGCAUGGCUAUCGACGAUUCAAUGACGACCAAAUGACCGGCGGUGGUGGCAGUCCAGCAGGUAUGGCUAGUCCAAGCGAAAGUCUACGCAUUGGCUCACUGCAAAAGCAUCGUAGCCGCAAGGAGGGCAGUGGAAGUUUCGAUAUGUUGCAAGAGAGCAUGAGCUCGCAUAAUAUACCCCAUAUCGGUAGCAGUGCUCAACAGCGUCAGCAACAAUACCACCACAGCAGUCGAUCAAAUGAAAUGGGUUCACCAACAAUGCAUAGCAGCAGUUCAUCGGCGGCCGGAGUGACACAAAAUAAAAAGAAAAUCUCACCGGAUGCUCAUCAUUUGCAACAGCAGCAGCAGCAGUAUCCCUCAUCGCCGUUGUCAUUUAAUUCACAGCAACGUGGUGGUGGAGGUGGCAGCAAUACGGGUAGUAUCACCAGCAAAUCAUCCUCAACAAGGGCCAUGGAAUACGGAGGAAGUGAACGUGAACGUGACUACAAGGUGGCUUUGGCCAGAUCGGGCAGCUUCAUGUCCUCAUCCAUUAAUCCCUCAGCUGCUGGCCAUCACAGUAAAUCAUAUCGCCGUUCGGCUGCCGAGGCUAAUGGCACCGCGACCCACAUGGGUGUUUCACCAGUUGUUGCAGGCCCAAGUGCUGGUGGUGGUGGUGGUAAUGCUGGCAAUGGAGGAGCGGCCAGUGAUGAUUCCAUGCAUGAAAAAUAUUUCAAAUCUGUGGAAAAUACGCCACUCUCACGCCGUCGCCACACUACCACCACCAAAAGUUCCAGUGGUGCGGCCAGUGCCAGCAGUGGUCAUGGCACUGGCGGUAGUGCUGGCAGCAAUAUGAAACAUUCUAGUGAUUCAUCGCCCCAAAGUCCCAUUAGUCCUCACAACAACAAGAACAAACCCCUGAAGGUUGGCAGUAAUAUUAUGACAGCAGCACCCAUGCUACAUUCACCCGGUGGCCAUUCAACGUGUUCGGGGCCACCACCAACCACAUCAUCUAGUCAUGCCCACUAUAAACAGGAUUCUUCAUGCAGUUUGGAACUGCUGAAUUUGGAUCGUCUCUCGUUGCGAGAAGGUGGUGGCAGUAGCUCGAACAAGACAACAUCGCCACAUUUGAGCGACAUUACCGGACAUGUUUCCUCGAAUAAUAUGACCUCGAAAAAUUUCCCCUCCUCGGAUAAUAUCGGCAUGAUGACGCACUCUUCGAGGGGCUCGAAUGAUUCGAGGGGUAAACAUAAAACCGCCUCGAAUACCGGUUCAUGGUCGCAGCAUCAGGAUAAUCAUCGUGGUGCUAAUCGUCAUAAUUCCAUGAGUUUGGACAAACACUCAAGACAUUCUAAUGAUUAUUAUCAUCAGGAUAAUAAACGUGAUACCCGUAAAGCCAAAGAAAGACACAAUCACUUGCAUGCGGACAACAGUGAUGUGGAAUAUGAUAAUGGUAACAUUUCACCGUUGUAUAGUAACUGGGAUACGGAAAUGCAGGAACAUUUACUGCCUUUAAAACACUACAUUCUCGAACAGGCCAAACUAUCGGGACGUUAUGUAUUCGGUGAUCCCAUCGAUUCGGAUUCCUAUCAUUCGGACAGUCAAUCGGAACAGUCAUUGUCUGGCCAUGAACCAGACAAUGAAGAUUCCGAUGGUGGUUCGGAUACGCAUGGUGGUUAUUUGGAGCACAAUUAUGGUAUGAUAGAAGACUAUGCUAAUAUGGGCGAUAGUGUAUCAUAUUAUGCUUAUCAAUAUCCUCCAUAUGAUCCAGCAGCUAGAGAGGAAAUCUCCGAUAAUGUUGAGGCCGUAUUGGAAGGUGUGGGUUCCGGUGUUGGUGGUAAUAGUGAACAAAAAUCCAAAUCAAAUCGUUAUCAAUUCUCAUAUUAUGAUACCGCCACCACACAUACACCAUCUACCCUCAAUCAUCAACAACAGCAACAACAACAAUCGCAUCAUCAACAGCAACACUCCUCCUCAUCGCAGUCAACAACAACAGCACAAUCAACACUACCACCACAACAACUCUACUCAAAUGCUCCACCCCUACCACCCGGUCAUCCUUCCUCGUCAGCCUCUCAUCAUCAUUUGCAAUUGGACAGCGGUGAAAAAACGAAACAAUCACAAACAUUGCCCUCACCAAAUCGCCAAAUAUCUCGCAUUGCUCAAAAUUCCCAAGACAGUGGCACUGGCAUUGGUGGCCGUCUGCCAAUGCCACCGCCACAUCAAUAUGGUCGCGAUGACAGCGUCUCGAAUAUAAUGGGCGGCAUGGGAGGCGUUGGUGGUAGUAUGAUGCGUCGUCCCUUGCCACCACCAAAUCUCAAGCCCACAAUACAACAAAUCUUUCCACCAACGGAACGUCCGCCACCGGGAAUUGGCGGCAGCGGUGGCGGCCUAACAACGUUGGCGUGCAUGAAGGAAUGUGAUAUUGAAAAGUUUGCAGCGGAUAAUUUGAAUUUACACUCGAAGGGUAUUUUUCGCAAAAAGUCUUCCGUACGCGAUAUGCUAAGCUGGACAGCUGAGGCAAUUAGCCGGCCCAUGUUGGCUCUGUCCCGUGAUAAAAACGAUAAGAAAAAUGCCAUUGAAAUGUUUAAGCUGGUGCAAAUCUAUAUGGGCGAUCGUAAGGCCAGGGCUGGGAUGAGCCUAAAUUCCGUGGCGAUUGAUAUUAUUUCAAUAGCCCUACCGCAGCAACAGCUAAGAGAUGAAUUGUAUGUACAGUUAUGCCGACAGACCACUGAAAAUCCCAAACGUGAUUCAUUGAUACGCGGCUGGGAACUGAUGGCCGUAUGCCUAUCCUUUGUACCGCCAUCGCCCACAUUCCAGCCAACGUUGUUAAAUUAUGUCAAUCGUCAUAGAGAUCCCACAUUUGCCACCUCCUUCCCGGAGGUGGGUAAAUGGCCCAUUCAUGUUCAAAUCUCACAUUAUGCCACUGUAUGCUGUAGACGCUUAGAUCGCAUUGGUAGCCAUGGUAGAAGGCAAGCUAAAAAGCCAACCGAAGAUGAAGUGGAACAGGCUAGAAAUCAAAUUCUACGCAAUAGUAUGUUCGGAAAUACUCUGGAGGAGGUAAUGCUGUUGCAAAAGGAUAAAUUUCCAUUCCGUAAAUUGCCAUGGAUACAGACCACAUUGUCGGAGCAUGUCCUCCUGCUCAAUGGCAAACAAACGGAAGGCAUAUUCCGUGUAUCAGCCGAUGUGGAUGAAGUCAAUUGUUUGAAGAAUCGUUUAGAUCGGUGGGAAGUUCCUGAUUAUAAAAAUACUAUGGUUGAUGCUCAUGCUCCUGCUAGUCUAUUAAAGCUGUGGUAUCGCGAAUUAUACGAUCCCCUUAUACCCGAUGAACUGUACGAUGAAUGUGUAAAUACCGAAGAUCCAGAUAAAGCCAAAGCUAUAGUUGAUAAAUUGCCAGAACUGAAUAAGUUGGUCCUAACCUAUUUAAUACAUUUUCUGCAACAAUUUUCCCAUCCCGAUGUGGUGAGUGCCACCAAAAUGGAUUCCUCCAAUUUGGCCAUGGUCUUUGCACCCAACUGUUUACGCUGUACAUCCGAUGAUCCGAAGGUGAUAUUGGAGAAUGCCCGCAAGGAGAUGUCAUUUAUGCGCACAUUAAUACAACACAUGGAUACGUCCCAUGUGGCCAAUUUAGUGUAAAUACUGUUAAAAUUUUAUAAAAAAAAAAAAAACUAAUGAAAAAAAGAUUUUUUCAUGAGAAAAACAGGGAAAAUCACAUGAAAAAAUUAUAAACUGAGCUAAAAUUGAAACCAAAGUAUUUAGAAAUGCAACAAAAAAGAAAAAACGAAACAAAAACACACACAAAAGAAACAAUACUCGGAUACAAGCAAAAGAUAGAUAUAUUCUGUACCAAAUGUGUUGUACAUGCAUGUUUAGAAAAAACUAUUUGAGAAAAAAAGAAAGAAAACAACAAUAACAAAAUUUAUGCAGAACAAUUAAAAAAUGAAGAAGAAGAAAUUUUAUUAACACAAAAAACAGACAGCCGUGAAACAUAGAACUCAAAACACUUAUACACAAAAACUAAUUUUACAAUAUCCUCCCCCCAUUUAAACCUAAAUUAAGAAACCUAUUUUGCUAAUCUAAUAUUCCAAAAAAAUCAUUUUUCUUUGCUGCCAACUAAUUUUAAAGAAAUUUGGGACUGAUUUUUUUUGAAAAUGCGGAUGGAAUUUUAUUUAUUUAAUUUUUUUUGCUUUAAAAUGUUUUUUUUUAUAUCUGUUACUUAUUUAAGCUCUAUUUUAUUGUUUGUUUCAACAUUGUUAUUAAGUUCACACAUUUCAAAUUCAAAAAAACAUUUUUAAGUUUUUAAUUUUGUUAUUAAUUGUCCUUUAGUUGCUUUAAGUUAAAAUGGAGCCUCUUUUUUUUAAAAUCAUGUUUUAUAUACAGUGUAUUCUAGAACUAUUUUAUGUGUAAAAUACUGCCACCCUAUUUUUUCAGACACUUCUCAAAUCAGUUUACUAUCUCUCCUAAAUAUGACAUGGACAUUUUUAAAAGCCGAUGAAUCUUUAUUGUUUCAUAAGUAGAUAUUCAAAUCAAAGAAGAAGCUGGGUUUUUAUACCCCCGCGCAUAUGGCUAGAGAGGGUAUAUAUCAUUUGCUACGGCCAAAACGUGCCUCUUCAAAAUAACGAUUUUAGACCGUACGUCUCUUUGGAUCAAAUCCGUUUCAGGACAUUUGGAGUCGAUCUAGCGAUGUCUGUCUGCCCAUCCGUCCGUCUGCCUGGCUGGCUAGUUGGUGCUCAUGAUAACUCUCGAAGGUGGUAUCCGAUUUGGUCCAAACUUGGUACACCGUAAUAUUAUUAGCAAACUUAGAUCGAGUUCGUAGAUGGGCAAUAUCAGUCCACUCCUUCUUGUACCUCCCCCACUAAAGGUAAACAUUUUUCAAAAAAAAAAUUGCUACACAGAAAGAGAAAGGAUAAUCCGAUUUAGCUGCGACUUUGUAAAUCCUAAUAUUUGCAUUAGUGCUAGCUUAGGUGCUAAAAUCGACAAUAUUGUUGCACUCCAUCAAGUACCUCCCCCACAAAGGGUCAAAAUUUUGAAUAAUUAUAACUCUUAUAAAAUGUGAUGUAAGUCUCCGAUCGUCUUCAAAUUACACACAUCGAAAUAUUUUUAUUAACCCAAGAUCUGGUGUUAAGAUGGAAUAUGUCGGUCCACUCCUUCUGGUACCUCCCCCACAGAGGGUCAAAAUUUUGAAUAUCCUUGAAGUUCAUAAAACGCGCAAGUAUCCUCUGAUUCCAUUCAGACUUGGUAAAUCUCAAUAUUUCCAUCAACACUAGAUCUGUUAUAAAGAUGGUAAAGAUCGGACCAUUUCUUCUGGUACCUCCCCCACAAAGGGUCAGAUCAUAAAAUCCAAAAAAGGCAUCGGAUUCUCUUUAUAUUUCACACAUAGUAUUAUUUCUACUAACAAAAAUUAUGCUGUGAAAAUGGGAUAUAUUGGUCCAAUCCAUCUGGUACCUUCCCCACAGAGGGUCAAAAUUUUAAAAAGUCAUGAAGCUCAUAAACCGCGAAGUUAAGAUCCGAUUGUAUUCAGACUUGCUACAUCUCAAUAUUUCCAUCAGCACAAGUUCCGUUAUAAAGAUUGUAGAGAUCGUCCCAUUCCUUCUGGUACCUCCCCCACAAAGGGUCGAAGUUUUGAAUAUCCAUGAUCCGCAAAUGUGACCUCUGAUUCCAUUCAGACUUGGUACAACUCAAUAUUUCAAUCAGCACAAGAUCUGUUAUGAAGAUGGUUGAGAUCGGACCAUUUCUUCUGAUACCUCACCCACAAAAGGGUCAAAUUUUAGAAUAACCAAAGCAAUCAUAAAAUCCGAAAUAUGCAUCCGGUUCUCUUUAUAUUUCACACAUCCUAUAUGCUGUGAAGAUGGGACAUAUCGGUCCAUUCCUUCUGGUACCUCUCCCACAGAGGGUCAACAUUUUGAAUAUGCAUGAAGAUCAUUAAACUCAAAAUUAACAUCUGUUUCCAUUCAGACAUGGUUCAUCUCCAUAUUUGCCCAAAUUAGAAUUUUUUCGCAGUUGACUUUUUUUCUGUCCAAGGACCUGGAUAAAUUUCCCAUAUUACCACUAUUUUGGAUCAUGCAAUCAAAUAAAGCACAAAAAUACUUCUAUCAAAUUUAGUUCAAUUCGCUUAGGCUGUGCGAGGAAUAUCCCGACAUAUUUUCCAAAUUCCAUUGGAAACAUAGGGCCUCAAUGACAGUGGCUCACGAAAAACAAAACUUGGGCAGAUUCAAUGUGAAGCUCUAAUCAUGAUGUUACAUGUUCUCUUACUUUCGUUAUUAGUCGUUAUUUACAAAAUUUCUUCCGUAUAUCCUCCAAAUUCCAUCCGCAAAAAUUUCCCCUUCUCCUAUAAAAUUUCAUUUAAAAAGCAAUUUUUUUUAAAUAUUUUUUCAAACAACAAAACGCAUGCAAGCAAACUUUAUUAAAUAAUUUUCAAAUACUACUUUUAAUGCUUAAAUUAUUGCUAUAUACAUGCAUAUAUAUAUAAAUAUACUAUAUAAAAAAUUAACGUUUUUUUUUUGUUUUUAAACUACUAUAUACAUAUAUACUUUUUUGUAAUUAUUGCUUAUAUCGUAAUAUUAUUUAAAUACUUGAUUUUUAUCUAUAUAUAAAUAUAUUUAUGCUUAAAACUAAUACUAUUAAUAAUAAAAAAGUAAAAAAGAAAUUAUUAAUAAAAAUAUUAAUAAUAUGUUACAAUAAAUUAUAUACAAUUUAUAAAUAUACAAACAGAACAACAAGGAACAAUUAUUAUUCGAAAAACAAAACAAAUACUUAUUAAAAUUAAAUUUCGAAAUGAAAACCAACAAUUUUUGUAGUGCUAUUAUUAUUUGGUAUUAUUACUUAUAUAACAAAAGUCUAGUUCUAUAUAAAUAAAUAAAUUAAUUAAUAAAUAGAAAAACAAAAAAACCAACAAACUCCCUCGAAAGAAAGCAAGGAAAGAAAGGCAAAAACCAAAUCCAAAACUAAAAAAAGGAAUAAAACUGUACCACAAAAAGUGCUUGAUAUUAAAAUCUCAAAAUGAAAAAAAAACAACA